CCCCUUCGUUUCGAUGGAGUUAUCGUUCAUACACAUUAACGAGCAUGCGCAUUACGAAUUUCCCGCUGUAUAUGAAAACAAAACAAAAUGUGGUGAUCGAAGAAAGUGUCAAUACACAUAUCUCCGCAGACAUUCAAUCUGGAAAGAUGUAAACUAUGGCAAGUGGUGGUUCGUCUUUCAUCGCUACACCCGUCGCCUUGAGUGCUGGACAUUCCAGCCCAGGCCGAGCAAUGAAGUCUGCAGGAAUGAAGAAAUCUUCGGCCACGGAGCUUCUGGAUCAAAUAAGACAGCUGGAAGUAGAGGGACAGAAGCUUCGGCAUUCCAACCUCAUCAAUCUGGGUGUUUCCUCUUUCAAUGGCCUCGAGACAUCAUCAGAUCCCGGGCAGUACACACCGGUUUCACGACCUGUCAUCACUCCCACCUCCCCGGCCACUCUGUCUGCCCUCAUGGACAUCUCCAACGAACAGAAGACCAUUUCAGACCUCAGGACCCAGCUAGAUGCCCAGAGGAAGGAGACGGAGCGUUUACAGCAGCAGUUGGUCGGAGACUUCUCCAGCGCACAGCGAAGCUCUGGCAGCAUGCACAGCGGCCUUCCCAGCAGCCCCUCCAAAACGGGCUUCUCUACUCUCCCCUCCACUGAGCUCUUCUCAGCUCGGAGGGCUCACUAUGAUUACAGUGGACCGCCAUCUCAUUUGGAGAAAUCGCUCAAAGACUCUCAGGAACAAGUGGCUGAUCUCAGAAGGAGGCUACAGGAGGCCAAUGAGUUGAGUGAGCAGCAGAAGAGGCAGUUCCGCUCCAACAUAGAGGAGCUCAAGUCCAAGCUACAGGAGACUGAGAUCAACAGGGACGCAGUUCUGGAUCUCAGACAAGGGCAUCCAUAUUACAUUUUUGGACAAAAAGAAUCUUCUAACCAGGAAAUGAUGUUGAACAAAUUCCAAAUGUCCAUACAGCAGCUACAGGAAAAGGUCAGAGGUCAGGAGGAGGCCUUGCAGGAAGCCAAUAGACGGUUGGAGAGUACAAACCGGGAAAAGUAUCUGAUAGACACGGCCCUGAACCAGAUCCGGCUCUUACUGGUUGACGUCGAGCGCAAGCGCGGAAAGCCUUACUUUGAGUCGGACCCUGUCUCUAAACAGGUUCCAGGAAUGCUGGUCCAUACUUUUGAGAGAUUCGUACAGGAAAUGAAUUCUGACAGCGAUCAGAAAAAGUCCAGAAUCUCUGAGUUGGAGAAUGAGGUUAAAUCAUUGAAACAAAAUAUCAGCCAGGAUAAAGAGUCCUUGAUCAAAGAACAACAGGAAAAAGAAAUGGGAAUAUUUGGUGUGUUCAGAAAAAUUACAAAUAUGUCUGCAGAGCAUGAAAAACAGAUGCUAGCUCUCCAAGAGCGCGCUAACAACUCACGUAAACAGGCCACUCACCUCCAACAGCAGCUAGCCAUGAUUGAGGGUCAGCAGGAUCAGCAGCUGAAACUGAGGGAUGCCACGAUCGUAGAGCUGGAGAGCAAGAUCCGCCACCUGAAGGAGGAGCACCAGGAGGACCGCAUCAAGUGGCAGGAGAAGAGGGAGGUGUAUGAGCGGUCCCAGGAGAGCUACCAGACUGAGACACUGAAGCUGCGAUCUGACCGUGACGACGCACUGAAAGAGACAGCCACGUUACAGAGCAAACUAGAGGAGUCUCAGAAUGCUCUGGUGCGCUGUAAGACAGAACUAGACCUGGAGAAGCAGAAGACCGUCCAUGUGUGGGAGAAGGAGACAGCCAUGCAGAGCAGACAGAAGGAGCUAGAAACAAAACUGGAAGAGAAACAGAAAGACACAGAGAGACUGGAGAAAAUGCUGGAACUGAUAAAGAAUGAGUGUAACGCCCAAGUCAGUGAAAAGUUGAUGCAAAGGAUAUCAACAGCAGAGAGAAUGGAAAGAGAGCGGCACCUGGAUCAGAUCAGCAGCUUGACAUCUCAACUCAGCUCGCUCACCGAGAAAUCCAACAGAGUGUCACUUGAACUUGAUCUUGCAAGAUCAGAAGCAAAUAAUCUCAAACAACAACUCAGGGACACCGCUGACAAGCUGGACUCGACUCGCAUUCAGUUUGAGGCGGUGGAGGCAGAGAAGAAACAUGUGGCGAACAUGUUGAGUGACAAGAAGGCGGACAUGGAGCGAGUGACACAGGAGAGGGACUACUACAAUGGUCUCCUAGAGCAGAGGAACCAGGAGAUCGCAAACCUGAAGGGACAGAAAGAGAAACUGACCAUACAGCUGGAGGAGAAGGAGAAAAACCUCAAGGUUCUCGGGGACCAAUCCUCUAAGAUUGUGGACCUUGUAGACAACAACACACGCAGCAAUGAGAUUCUUAGAGAGGAAAAGGACCGUCUAAUGACCAUGCUCAAUGAGAGGACAGUGGCUCUGGAGGAACUGAAGACAUCCCGGGAAACAAUGUCAAAGAAAAUGAAGAUUCGGGAGAAAAGAAUCAAAGAGCUGGAGGGUGAAAAGCAGAAGUAUGAGGAGGAGGCUGCACUUCGCCAGGAAGAGAUGAUGAUUGUACAUCAGGAGAAGGAGAGUUUGUUCUCAGAGCUGAAGGAGAGUCGAUACGAAGUGUCCUUGCUGACUGAACAAAAGGACGCAGUCAAAAGAGAGUUGGAGAAGGAAAUAGACAGUCAGGCCAAGGAAAUCAGCAAGCUACAGGCCAAGGUCAAAGCUGCGGAUCAGGAAGUCCGUUUGGCUCAACGAACACUUCGUACCAGAGACUCUGCAGAUCACCAAGCUGUAAAGGUAGCAGAUAAAAUGCAGAAGGAGGUGACGUUGAAGAGGAACGAGAUUGAUUCCCUGAAGACAAAGAUGAGGUGGUACGAGGACAAACUGGAUUCUCUCUCAAGGGAGAGAAACAGCCUGGAGCAUGAUAAAGAUAGACUCAAGACAUCCCUCAACAAGUCACUGACUCACAGUCAACAGCUCUCGGCCGAGCUCGAGCUAUCUCAGAACAAGGUCAUGGAUCUCAAAAGUCAAAUCAGCCGACUUGAGACAGCUCUAGAAAAAUCCCUAAAGAGAAACAAGUUAAGAAAGGCUGCUGAGAAGUUGGGGAAGCCCCAGUCAACGACAAAGAACGCCAUGUGUCAGGCGGAGCUGGAACAGUAUCAGCAGGACGUGGCUCGACUCAAACUACGACACCAACUCGACCUACAGGAAGCAAUACAGAGGUCUCUACCCAACAAAGCACAGGAAUAUGAGAGCCCGGCUCUAUUCUCUGCUGCUUUUCCUGGACAGCAUCACAUGACCUCCGCCCUGGGCAGUCGUCCAGCUAGUGGAAGCUCAGAGAGGAGGUUCCCAUCAAAGGAUUUCUCUACAGAAUCAUUGCCUACAAGGGACACAGAUGAGUAUAAAUAUGUGGGGAGUGAGUUGAAGCAUUUAGUGGACCAAAUGAAAACCCUGAUGUCAGAGAGGAAACAGAAACAAGCAGAAAAAGCCUCUCACCAUCGACGGUCAAGGUCGAACCAGAAUGGAUAUAACAGUUCUGAAAGUUUGUCCGACACUGAGUAUCACUCAGAUGUGGAAUUAGAGAGAAGUUAUUUGAGGUCAAGGUCAAGAGAAAAAUCUGACAACAAAGAAUACUCAGGAUAUUCUUCCCUCAGGGAAAAUCGAUCUCGUUCCCUCUCUCCGCACCAUGCACACCGGCGUUCCUUCAGUAACGACACCUCCAAUCUGUUACGAUCUGGUAACGACUGUUACUCAACACGUAACGGUCGCAGUGAGGAGAUUCACCCCUCAGGGACCAGAGACUCGUACAGUACAGAGCCAACCGAUGUAAGUAAAGAGGACACACAAAAUAGCCUGUCACUCCAGGACAGCACUGACCCGUCCCUAGGGGCGGGGCAUAAUCAGGAGGAGGGGACAGGGCGUGGCAUUCCCCUUCCCCCACCAACAGAGGCCAACAACACUGAGGACUUGUGCAGAAGGCUGGAACAGAAAAUUGAGUCCCUCACAAAAAUGGGAGGCUCACUCCAGAAAGAGAACAAAGAAAUGGCAGAUCUGAUGAAAGUUCAAGGUAAAAAGAUAAAGAAGGUCAAGGAGAGUUCAAAGAAAGUGAAGAAGGUCACACGAUGAUGACCUCAAGGACAAGAUCAGAUCAAACAUUCCAUUGUGGAUCCCUGGUCCAAGGGACAAGAUCACAUACGACUGUGUCAGGGAAUGUCACCUGUGCCAAAUUUCCAGAUAGUUUCAUUGAGAGGACUCUGUACAAUGCUGUAUUGAUUGAUUAUAAUAUACCUGUAUACCUGCGCAUACCUGUGUUUCUGACAUGCUUUGCUUUCAUGGUCUUUUCUGUAUGAAAAACUGGAGUAGAUAAGUGAGAGAUUUAUUAAUUAAGUAAACAAAGAUGCAAUUCCUAGACUAGGAUUAACACUUGUUUUAUCAAUUUACAGCAUUAUAAUAAAUAUUUUCUGAAAAACAUAGACACAAAUUAUACUGUGAAAAUUUUUCAAAUGAAUAAUCAGUGCAGGCUUAGGGUAUUAAUUAAAGAUGUCCGGUAUUGGAGUGGUAGCUCUAGUUCUGUCAGUGUGUACUUCUUGUCAAUCCCAGAAUUCCUUGUAAAUGUCUACGGAAAAGUUGUCUUUUUACACUUACAUCUGUUUUAUUUAAUCAAACCUCAUACCCAAGGACAGAAAUCCAUUCCGUUUACGUCCUUUAUUUAUAUAGUCACUGAUCCAUAUAUUCCACAGUUAUAUUGUGUUGUGUUCGGCCAUCUUCAAUGUUCUGACAGAUUUGUUGUUAAUGGUAUUUAUUUAUGAAUGUAAUUUACAUUGUAAGCCAAUAUAAACAGAAUUUCCUGUGUUUACUAACCCAUGAUGACAAUCACAUCUGAUAUAACUCUUCUCAAGCCUAACACUGUCGGAGUUGUGUCCCUUGUAUUCCAUUGGUGUCUGUGAUAUAUUUCUUUGUAAAUCCUCAAUAUAUACUGAAUUUUACUAGGUGUAUUUUUAUUUAAAUGAACAAAGAUUUAAACAUGA